AUGCCGAAGAAACUCUCCAAGAAUCCCCAAGGAGGGAGCACCACAAACCUCGGGACGCCCUCGACCUCGACAACGAACUCCAACUCCCUCUCCCUGCCUCGAAUCCUCACCGACGAGCUGCCCCUCCCCAAACUCAUCGUCUUCGAUCUCGACUACACUCUCUGGCCCUUCUGGGUCGACACUCACGUCGCCGGCCCGCUGAAAGCCAACGCGACGCACUCGGCAGUCACGGACCGCCACGGCGAAUCUUUCGCCUUUUACCAGGACGUGCCGCGGAUACUCUACACGCUGCCGCUGGCAGGCAUCAAGAUUGCCGUCGCGUCACGGACGUCGGCGCCCGACCUGGCAAAGGACAUGCUGAAGCUACUACACGUUCCGCCGCCGAGUGCCGAGGAGGGCGGCAGCGGCAAGAAGGAGAAGACGAAGAAGGCGCUCGAAUAUUUUGACGCGCCGUUGGAGAUUUACCCGAGUAGCAAGAUUAAGCAUUUCGAGACGAUUUUCAAGAAGACAGGUAUCGCAUACACGGAUAUGCUCUUUUUUGACGACGAGAGUCGAAAUCGGGAGACGGAGAGCUUGGGGGUGACGAUGCAGCUGGUGAGGGAUGGUCUGACGUGGAACGAGAUGGAGAAGGGCGUGGCGGAGUGGCGCAAGAGGAGGGGUCAUUCGGGAUAG